AGAGGAAAUAAAUGAUAAAACUGAGUGUGUCGUUAAAGAAAACGAUACCAUACCAGCACAAGUUGAAAACGAACAUUUGCGUAGAGAGAGCAUGACCGAAACUAUGGAAGACGAGAUAUCACCAUUGAUAGGAGGAGAAAUCGAGGAAGUGGAAAACGAAAACGACGUCGUUGAAAGAAAGAUACCAGAAGUAGAGAUCCAUUUAUUCCGUCAAGGUAAAGGACCUGUUGUGGUUUUCAAAUCUGCGUUGGGAGGUUAUGAACAGGACCAAUUAGAGGUCAGGGAACUACUCGAUAAACACGGACUUAAAUCCAUCUUCGCUUUCAAUCAUCAAACGCGUCUUCGUGGUGUUCCUGUUAGGUUUCACCCUAGAAAUGGAAGGUCUCUUUUGAGUUAUAGGGAUGGUGCUGUUGUUUACCUUGAUGGUGAACCUAAGGACUCACUAGUUCAACCAGUUACCAGGAUCUUGAUUGGUGUUGCACUAAUAACCCUCAUGAUCGUAAUAGUUUCGAGGGAUACUCCCGAAUGGAUGAAAAAAUUAAACUUUUCUUCUAUGAACUUCUCUCCAUGGAUCUUGGCUUGUGUAGUUAUUGUCUUCACCCGCAUGAGAAAGAGAACUAAAGAUUUUCUGACAAAGCGCGGUUGGUGAAUGAACGGACUUGUGUUGAUGCUUUUGUGGUAGGCUUUUAUGCGUUUCACUACACGCUUUACUAAUACACUAGAUCCCAUCAAAACUCUGCAGUUUAGUGUGCCGUCUAAAUUGACAUAUUUUUUUUUUGUGAUUUUAAGUUAUAUCAUCAUAAAUGGUAUAGGUUAAUAAUAGGUGAUGCCACAUUUGAUAAUCCUGUUUGGUACAUGCUCUUGUUCAAAGAGUAAAGGCUUCUUCUAUUUGCAUUUUAUUUCUCUUUUAUUUUGAUAUUGUCUCUCUGAAGCAUUUAUAUUGCAGUGGAAAAAUACUGUCUGCUGCUUGCAUUGGGAUUUGGGAAUCUUAACUUCUCCCUCCAAAUCCAAUUCAAAACUAUGAAAUUUCAAAAAUUCAAUGUUUAUUACUUUUCCUAGUUA